UCUGCGCCGAAUUUGACCACGUGGGGACGUUUUUUGCAGAGGUAGCAAAACAUCCGCAGUGACGCUUGGUUGUUUGACAGUGAGCAUGAAAAAUACUUUUUUGUUUCUUUUUGACAUUACAGAACUUUCCAGAAAAAGCUGCAACGGUUCCGAUAUCAGAGUCACUUUUUCUAGACCAUGCCCCACGACCCCGACCCUCCACCGGCUAAAAAAUUCAAGCCGGGAUCUGUUUUCUUCCGUCUCGAUAAGAAUAAACCUGGAAUGCUGCUGCCUAGAAAGGGAAAUGCAACCACUCCAAUAGACGUCCAGAGGAAACAGCUUCCCAUCUACCAGGCGAAACCUCAGCUACUGAACCAACUGAGACAGCUUCCCAAUGUUAUUCUCAUCGGGGAGACUGGCUCUGGGAAGACCACUCAGAUCCCCCAGUAUCUGUAUGAGGCCGGCAUUGGACGACAGGGCAUCAUCGCCAUCACUCAGCCACGUCGAGUUGCUGCCAUCUCACUGGCAGGAAGGGUGGCAGAGGAGAAGAGGACGCAGCUUGGCAAACUGGUUGGUUACACAGUGCGCUUUGAAGAUGUCACCUCUUCUGAGACAAAGUUGAAGUUCAUGACAGAUGGCAUGCUUCUGCGUGAGGCCAUCGGAGACCCCUUGCUGCUGCGCUACACUGUGGUGGUCCUGGAUGAAGCUCAUGAGCGCACCGUGCACACUGAUGUGCUGUUCGGCGUGGUUAAGACUGCUCAACGCAGGCGCAGAGAACUUAAUAAGAUUCCCCUGAAGGUCAUAGUGAUGUCCGCCACAAUGGAUGUGGAUUUGUUCUCUGAGUACUUCAACAAGUCACCCGUACUGUACCUGGAGGGCAGGCAGCAUCCCAUUCAGAUCUACUACACCAAACAUUCCCAGUCAGACUACCUGCAGGCCGCACUCGUCUCCGUCUUCCAGAUCCAUCAGGAGGCUCCUCCGUCCCACGAUAUUUUAGUCUUCAUGACUGGUCAGGAGGAAAUCGAGGCUCUGGCAAGGACAUGCCGAGACAUCUCUAAGCAUCUGCCUGACGGCUGUGGUCCCAUGUUGGUUAUCCCUCUGUACGCAUCACUGCCCCCAGCACAGCAGCUCAGGUGCUUCCAGCCAGCUCCCAAGGGAUGUAGGAAGGUCAUCCUCUCAACCAACAUUGCAGAGACGUCCAUCACAAUCUCUGGGAUCAAGUUCGUCAUAGACACGGGGAUGGUGAAGGCCAAACGUUUCAAUCCUGACAGCGGGCUAGAGGUGCUGGCAGUGCAGCGGGUUUCUAAGGCGCAGGCGUGGCAGCGAUCGGGCCGGGCUGGCAGGGAGGACUCUGGCUCCUGCUAUCGUCUCUACACUGAGCACGAGUUUGACAACCUCAUCCCCAUGACUGUGCCUGAGAUCCAGAGGUGUAACUUAUCCAGUGUGAUGCUGCAGCUCAUGGCUCUGGGGAUUCCAGAUGUGAUGAAUUUUGAUUUCAUGUCCAAGCCUUCUCCAGAGGCCGUCCGCUCUGCUGUGGAGCAUUUAGAGCUGCUGGGGGCUUUAGAGAGGAAGGAGGGGCAGGUCUUCCUCACCGCUCUGGGAAAGAAGAUGGCAAGCUUCCCUCUGGAGCCGAGAUAUGCCAAGACCAUCCUGCUGUCCCCUGACUACUCCUGCUCUGAGGAGAUUUUGAGCAUCGUAUCGCUGCUGUCAGUGGACACUGUACUGUAUAACCCUCCUGCCCGGCGGGAAGACGUGCUCGCUGCACGCAAGAAGUUCUCCUCCAGCGAAGGAGACCACAUAACGCUGCUUAACAUCUACAGAGCUUUCAAGAAAGUCAGUGGUAAUAAGGAGUGGUGUCGGGAGAACUUUGUUAACAGCAGGAACAUGGGUCUGGUGAAAGAUGUCCAGGCGCAACUCAAAGAUAUCUGCCUUAAGCUCAAUUUGAAGAUGGAGUCAUGUGGGCCGGACAUGGGAAACGUUCGCCACUGCCUUGCCCAUGGGAUGUUCGUCAAUGCCGCGGAGCUACAACCUGACGGCAGCUACUUGGCUCUGGACACUCACCAGCCCGUGGCCAUCCACCCCUCCUCCGUCCUUUUCCAGGGCAAGCCAGCAUACGUGGUGUUCAACGAGCUGCUGCACACCUCCCGCUGCUACAUGAGGGACCUGUGUUUGGUGGAUGCAGACUGGCUGCUGGAUGCAGCACCAGAGUACUUUGGCCGCAAACUCCACCCCAGCAAGAGCUAACCAACAGAGAAACGGGACCGAAGUAAAUCUCUGCAAGGACACCUCCCCUUCCUCAAAUCACCCAGUGGCAACUAAACUGGAAAAUGUGUUCUCUUCACAAAGCUGAAUUUAGACAAAGACGCUUAUUGAUUACGUACAAGUGCAACUCAGAAAAGAACAUUUUCUGUGUAGUAAACUUCUGGAUUUCACUACCUCCCAGUUGACAAGCAUUUUGCAUGUGUCACUGCAACAGAAAUCUGCAUAUUGAGGCCUCACAACAACUUUGACUUCCUGUAAGACUGUAAAUCAGAUUUUAUAAACUGUGUUUCCUCUGCCUGGUAGUAUUUCAUCUUACCAUUUAGCCAGCUGAAACAAAACAGUCUUUUUGAGAUGUCAUGCAUCAAUUCCUUCAACACAUGCAUGCGUUUUAACAGCACAGAUAACGUCACAGGAGCCGUUCUUCAAUUAAAUCUAAUCAGACUCGAUAGAAUGCUACUUUCCAUAUGUUCAUCUCACCAAAUAUUGUACUUGCUUGUUAAGCCACCGACCCAACAAGACUCAGAAAGCUAAAGACUUGUUAGUGGCUCUUUUCUGUGUCAUUUUGAAUAAUAAUGAGGAGUUAAUGUCUUUGAAAUGUUAGCUUCUCAGAAGCAAAGCAGUCUUGUCUUAAAGUUUCCCACCAUGUAGUUUUGAAUUUAUACAAAGUGGUCUUAAAGGGUUUAUAUAUGCAAGGACGGUAGAUUUGUCUUCACCUAACGAGGUUAUUUAAAUACAAGAAAAUAUGAAAAUUGCCAAAGUCGGAGUGAGAAUAUGAGGUUUUUACAUGUCCCAGUGACAUGACUUCACUUUUAUAGUUACUCUACAUGCAGCACUUGGCUUGUAAGCUUGUGCAUGCCUUUUUUUUCCACAUCUAUGAUUGUGUCACGAGUUUCUUAAAUACAUGCACAUCAGGAGAAGUAGCAUGCCUUAUUCUCCAGGUCCGACUGUCACCCAGCCCCUACGCAGACUAACCAGACGUAUGCUAACAACAUGGGAAUGCUGUGCAUGGAGAUUCUAGUUGGCGACUUGAUCCCUCAGGUCUUACAUACUUUGUAGAAUGUAAAUCACACCAUGUUUAGGAAUAGGAUGGAUGCUCUUCUUGUCUUUUUCUACACUGGACUCAGGAUUGUACAAUAUAUAUACCGUAACCUGAAUAAAUUACAUACACUA